AGCUUUGGAAUUCUCUUCUGUGUUGGCAUUUAGGGCUGCUUUACCCUUUAUGCCCUUGAGUGGACGGUGCAAGGAUAUGUAGAGUGCAUGCCUGGCCCCAACAGACACUACUGGUCAAAAAAAAUCCAAUCUUGGGCAGCAGGAGCAUAUUCGUACCUAGAAUGGGAUGCACAUGGAGAAAUCAUCUAGAAGAACAACAGGUACUGUAAGAUGGACAAAAAGAAACAUAUUAGCAUCAUUUGACUAUCACUCAGUUAUCGAAGAACUAUCAAGAUUUGGUGCUAUUGAAUCCGUGACUCCUUCUGGAAGACAAACAGCUGUAGUUAUAUUCAAAGACAUCAUUUCAGCAUGUAAAGCAAUGAAAGCUUUCCCAGCCAACAACCCAGGCAGAAGGAUCCAGUGUGUUUGGCAUCACAAAUUCAUGUCUGAAUACAGAAUGUCAGGCCACAAAAAGAUAGAACUUACAAGUUAA